CUCCUUCUCCCCUCCUCCGCCGCCGCCACCCGCCGCCGCUUGCUCGCUCCACCGCAGGGCUCGCAAAGAUGGCGGUGCCGUUGCUGACGAAGAAGAUCGUGAAGAAGCGGGUGAAGCAGUUCAAGAGGCCGCACAGCGACCGCUACAUCGGCCUCAAGACAAGCUGGCGCAGGCCAAAGGGUAUUGACUCGCGUGUUAGGAGAAAGUUCAAGGGAUGCACCUUGAUGCCCAACAUUGGAUAUGGUUCUGACAAGAAGACAAGGCACUACCUUCCCAACAAGUUCAAGAAGUUUGUAGUGCACAAUGUCUCUGAGCUGGAGCUGCUUAUGAUGCACAACAGGACAUACUGCGCCGAGAUUGCCCACAACGUCUCCACCCGCAAGCGCAAGGAGAUCGUCGAGCGUGCUGCGCAGCUGGACAUCGUGGUCACCAACAAGCUUGCCAGGCUCCGCAGCCAGGAGGACGAGUAAAAUUGUUGGACAUCGUGGUCACCAACAAUCGUAGGGCAGUGCCUUGGCAUCUUAAAAUUACCCAUUUUGUUACUGCUAGAUUUCCUGUCUGGACAUCAUUUUGCUGCGAUUUCUCUUGUGACCUUAAAACCGGUCUAGUUUUAUAGAUUUUGGAACACUUGGGUGUUGUUAUCUUCUCUCCUAUAAUGAAUUAUUAUCGUAUCAAA